UAAACUCGCGCUGCAUUGUGGGAUUUCCUUUUUCAUUAACUCAAGAUGGCGGUGCUUUCGGCGGCAGCUUUGCUUGACGAGCUUAUGGGCUCCGAUAGAGACCUUGCACCCGAUCAAAAAGGCAAAAGAGCACACUGGUCGGAUUCUGAGGUCUGUAAGCAUUUUCUCUGUGGAUUCUGCCCGUCUGAGCUAUUUGUGAAUACCAGGUCUGAUCUAGGCCCCUGUGAAAAGUUACACGAUGAAAAGAUGAAAACUGCGUAUGAGCAGAGUAGUAGAUGUGGUCGUAUGGGCUAUGAAGAAGAAUUUCUAAGAUACUUACAAAACAUCAUGAGUGAUGUGGAGCGCAGAAUUCGUAGAGGUCACCAAAGACUAGUCCCAAAAGACAAGGAUGGUGCUCAGAAUAAACCCGAUAAUGAGAAGGAGAAGAUGCUAACUGAGAAAAUAAACUCCCUGAUAGACCAGGUUGAACAGCUUGGCUGUGAGGGUAAAGUGGAGGAAGCCCAAGGCGUGAUGAAACUCAUUGAGCAACUGAAGGAAGAGCGCGAGCAACUCAGUGGGACCCCCCGUGAUAUGACCAGCAUGAUGACGUCACAGGAGAAGCAAAUGGAAGUGUGUGAGGUUUGUGGGGCAUUCCUGAUUGUAGGCGAUGCCCAAACAAGGGUUGAUGACCACCUGAUGGGCAAGCAGCACAUGGGCUAUGCCAAGAUCAAGAACACCCUGGAGGAAAUGAAGAAACGGCCCUGGAAAAACAAACUGUCGCCUGAUGCCAAGAAAGAAGAACCAGAGCCGGAACCCGAAGAGCCAAAACCGCGAGACCGUGAUAGACGUGAUCGAGACAGAGACAGAGACAGAGACCGUCGCGACAGGGACAGAGAUAAGGAGAGAGAUCGCCGUGAAAGGGACCGCAGGGAUAGGGACAGGCGCCGCAGCGACCGGGACUCUGACAGGGACCGGCGACGAGACAGGGACCGGGGUCGCAGUAGCCGUGAUGCCAGUCCAGACAGGGAAGAGCGGAAGGGCGAUAAAGAUAAGUCACGGAGAUCCCGAAGCAGGUCCCGCGAGCGCUCCAGGAACGACAGGGAAAGCAGUCGCGACCGACGACGCUCCCGAUCUCCCAGACGCUCGCGUUCACCUCGCUGAUGUCACGUGGGCACCGCACGUGACCUGGCAGUGGCGGCCGAUGCCCUCUCAUCAAUGAGCGCCCAGACUGGUCGAUAUAUAGGUUAGUUUAGACGUACGACUUAUUAGGCUGCUGCUGCGGUGGUGUUCGCGGCUCACCUUAUAUUACAUUAUUUCCCGGAUUAUUUUUGCGUUAUUUACAAGUCUAAUAUCCCGUCAACUUGAUUUCUGUUCCCUUGAAAAAAUCUCAGAUCUUUCUGGGUUAUAGGGAUUCAACUAUGAUCAAUACACCAAAAAACAAUUCACUGCUUAAAAUGGUUCAGCUUCAUAAAAUGACUUUUCAUGAAAUGACGUUGCAAAGUGACUGCCUUAUAGAGCGAGACUCAGUGUUGGGUACCACGUGUAAAUGCUUGUCUGGAAACCUUAGAUUUAUUGUCUAAUCACUCUAAAUGAUGUGGUGGUUACCCGUCUUCAUAUGCAACACAGUUGAGUCCAGAAUGCUUGAACCCUCGACCUUGAUAACUCGAAGCCUGUUUUCAUUGAAGAUUUGGGUUUAUGUGACUCUAGACUCGACUGUUUAUUCAUCUGCCUGUACUUUAAGUACGAGUAUGAUUUUUGUAUUUAGUGUUAUUAUAAUAAAGCGUGGUUUGAUAUCA